AGGGAUUUGCACAGUAUUCUGUGCUUUUUUAUGGUUAUUACAAUAACCAGAGGACAAUUGGAUGGCUCAAGUUCAGGAUGCCUCUUUCCUAUUUCCUUGUUGGUGUUGGGACUAUUGGCUACAGCUUUAUGAUUGUCAUUCGAACAAUGGCAAGGAAUGCAAAUGAAGAAGGUGGUGGGGAUGAUACUAGCUUUAAUUUCAGCUGGAAAAUGUUCACAAGCUGGGACUACCUGAUUGGCAAUCCUGAGACAGCAGAUAAUAAGUUUGCUUCUAUCACUACCAGCUUUAAGGUAAACAAAGAUCACUAGAGAGAUGUAAUUUG